AUGGGCGUCGAUGUUGAGAGGUUAAAGAUACUGUUCUUCCUCUACAUCACUUCCAGGAUCCAACCCAUCCGCUCCAUCAAAAAUGUCAUCGCCAGUGGCCAGUUGGUCGGAGAGGAGAGGCAGAUGGCGGAGCUGACCACGGUGGGAGACAGCAAUUUCUCAGACAGUGACGACGGGGAGGGCUUGGAAGGGACUCCCAGCGUGGAGGACGAGUCCGGCGAGCCCGAAAGCAUGGAGCUGGGGGCCCUGGAGGUGCACGCGGUGGAGCCGCAGGCCACCCCCGAAGCCCCCGCCGUGCCCGAGAGCCGCUGCCCGGAGGAAGACCUCCAGGCGCCAGCCCCCGACGUGCCCGAGAGCACAGAGGACAAGGCCAAGAGCUCGAAGAGCAAGCCGUUCCGCUGCAGGCCGUGCCAGUAUGAGGCAGAGUCCGAGGAAGAGUUUGUGCACCACAUCAGGGUCCACAGCGCCAAGAAGUUCAUCGUGGAAGAAAAUGCCGAGAAACAAGCCCAGGCCAAGGAGGCGGAUCCCUCGGUUGGCGAGGAGGCGGAUUUCUCCAAGGGCCCCAUCCGCUGCGAACGCUGCGGCUACAACACCAACCGAUACGACCAUUACCUGGCCCACUUGAAACACCACAACAAAGCGGGAGAGAACGAGCGUGUCUACAAGUGCAGCAUAUGCACCUACACGACGGUCAGCGAGUAUCACUGGAAGAAGCACCUUAGAAACCAUUUCCCCAGGAAGGUGUACACCUGUUCGCAGUGCUCCUACUUUUCCGACCGGAAGAACAAUUACAUUCAGCACAUUCGGAUGCAUACAGCCCAG